GUUAAAUCAUGCCUAGCUCGGUUGAGUGCAAUCGAAUUGUAUUUUAACAGCGAUUUCCAUGUUGCUCAAGUCAGUCAGAACUUUAUGAGUUUCUCUGCAGUUUUACAAAGUAUUGCUACAGAUGUGGAUGGGAAUAUGAUUUGCCGGCUGUGUAUAAGUUGAAAAUAGUCGUUAAAUAACAUAUCUCUCUAUCGAACUGAUGGAAUUGUGCUUGAAGUCGUGAUAAAUCAAAGAGACUAAAAAUGGAUGAUCAAACGCAGUCAUUCCUUCGCAUGUCAACUUUAAGUGAGUGUCAAAAGUUGUACAAGUCAGAUGCAUGCCCGAAUGAAUUUCUUCAAUACAAUCCACAAGGCAAUGUCUUAGAUAGAGUACCCGGAAAAAGCUCUAAUGACAUACUUUCUAAUGAAACUUCAAGCUCUACAUUGGAAACGAGCACUAAUCCAACAUUUAAUUUGGAGAAUUCAUCUGAAACCUUAAUUGGAUUAAAUGGACCACCUCCCCAGCACAAUAAUGAUUUGGCAACAAAUCCGACACCGCCAACGUAUGGGAAGAAGCGCAAAAAUUCCUUAAUGGACGAAAAUCCAACAUUAAAAAAAGGUGUUGUACCAAACAAUGAGGAUAAGAAAAAUCUUCAUUUGCGUAAAAAUAUCCGCGAUGUAAUGAACGAAAAAAAUUUGGAUACCACAACUAUUGCUGCUCAAAGGGAAGAAUCUGAACGUUUAGCUCGGGUAGCGGGGCAACAAAAAUCAUUGCGUGAAAUUCAAAAACAAGUCGUUAACAAACAGUUUUUCCGAAUCUUGCAAUUAGAUGAUACGGAACCAUUGGAAAGUGAUUCUUUGCCAAAUCAUCUAAAUGAUACGCCGAUUGGCAUACCAGAGGAAGACUCAACAUCAGUAACAUGUGAUGAAACAAACAGUAGUUUUAGUUGUGGCAUUGACAGUGAAUUAAACAAAGAAGCUAUUAGCGGCGGACCAGCAAGUGAAGUUGUAACUAUUGAAGACAGCUCCGAUGACGAUUGUAUAUUGUUGUCAGAAGAAGAGGAGGAGGAAGACAACAAUGAACCUGAAGAUGCUACGAAUAGUGGUAUGCAUGUGAAAGAUGCUUAUAAUAUACCAGACGAGUAUGGUCGCGUAGUAGUUAAUAUUGCACACCCCGAAGGUGAAGAAACUUUAUAUUUGGCUCCACAGAUAGCUAAAGUAAUAAAACCGCAUCAAAUCGGUGGCGUAAGAUUCUUAUAUGAUAACAUAAUUGAGUCUUUGAGAAGAUUCAAAAAAUCAAGCGGCUUUGGAUGCAUACUUGCCCACUCCAUGGGUCUAGGAAAAACGCUACAAGUUGUUUCUUUCUGUGAUAUAUUUUUAAGACACACACCUGCAAAAACAGUACUAUGUGUAAUGCCCAUUAAUACGUUGCAAAAUUGGUUGAGUGAAUUCAACAUGUGGAUUCCCCGUCAAUCCGAUGAUAAAAACGUUCGUACACGUAACUUCGACAUUUAUGUUCUAAAUGAUCAACAGAAAACUCUUACUGCCCGAUCUAAAGUCAUUCUGAGUUGGGCACAAAAUGGAGGAGUACUUCUGAUCGGCUACGAGUUGUUUCGUUUAUUAGCUUUAAAGUUAGUUACUACCCGUAAAAGAAAGGGAAAAUCCAUUUAUGGCUCCGACGGAAUGGACUCCCACAGAGAUCUUAUGAAUGUGGUUUGUGAUGCCCUUGUAAAGCCUGGGCCAGAUCUGGUUAUCUGUGAUGAAGGGCAUCGUAUUAAGAACUCUCAUGCGGGCAUAUCUUUGGCCCUGAAGCAGAUACGUACGCGCCGCCGAAUUGUGUUAACUGGAUAUCCUUUACAAAACAACUUACUGGAGUAUUGGUGUAUGGUAGACUUUGUUCGGCCAAAUUAUCUGGGCACACGAACGGAAUUUUGCAAUAUGUUUGAAAGACCGAUACAAAAUGGUCAGUGUGUUGAUUCCACUCCCGAUGAUAUAAAAUUAAUGCGAUAUAGAGCUCACGUGCUGCAUUCUUUGUUGCUCGGAUUUGUACAGCGGCGUUCCCAUAUCGUUUUGCAAAGCACUUUGCCAGAGAAAUUGGAGUAUGUUAUACUUGUACGAAUGACGCCAUUCCAACGAAAGCUUUAUGACACGUUUAUGACUGACGUUGUCAGAAAAAAGGCAUUUCCAAAUCCCUUAAAAGCAUUUGCAGUUUGUUGCAAAAUUUGGAAUCAUCCAGAUGUAUUAUACAACUUUCUAAAAAAGUGUGAGACUGAUUUAGAUUUAGAAAUUGAUGAAGAUCCUCCAAAGACCAGUUCAAUCUCAGCAGUGGAUACUAAUCUGCCCCUAAACAAUCCAACUAUUUCACCGAAGAUAGAAACUAAUAAUGCAGCUUGUGCCGCUCCUAUAAAUCCUCCUAAGUUGGAUAACCCACCAACAACAGAAGAGAAUGGAGAACUGUUGAAUGUAUGUCCAUCUUCAGAUUUAUCUGAAACCUCCAAUAAAAGGACAUCUGCUAAUCUCUAUGUGGAAAAGGAAGAUCAGCUGAAUCAUUUAAAUACUUUCAAUUCCUAUGCAAAGGGAAACUAUUGGCUGGAUGCAACUAUACCUUCUAAGCCCAGUUGUGUUGAAGUCUUGAUAAAGCAGACCGAUUCUAAUAUAGCAAAAGAUUUUGAGAACCUUACCGGCUCUUCCGAAAUAGUAGACUUGGACACAAACGAAAUCAAAACUGUUGAAACAACCAUACAGUCGAACCCUACACUCCAACAGAAAUAUGUUGACGUUAGCAAAAACCAAUUUCUAGACGGUAAUUCGCCAACUACUAAGGGUUCCAGCGGUAUAGGCUCCGAAAUUAAUAGGCAGGUGCUGAAGACAAGGAGAAAUGAUGAAUUCUCAUGUUCCUGGGCCGUGGAUUUAAUGAAAGAUUACAUUCCCGGACAAAUAUCAAAUUCUCCGAAAAUGGAAAUUUGUUUUUGCAUUUUGAAAGAAAGCAUAUAUAUGGGCGAUCGUAUACUGUUGUUCAGUCAAAGUCUUUUAACUUUGAAUUUGAUAGAAGGAUUUCUAAAAACAAGCUAUGUUCCAGGAACCAACAGCUUUUGGACACGAAACAUUUCAUAUUUCCGUUUGGAUGGUUCCACUUCAUCCCAAGAAAGAGAAAGGCUGGUCAACGAAUUCAAUGCAAAUACAAAUAUUAAAUUAUUUUUAAUAUCUACCAGAGCGGGCUCUUUGGGUAUUAAUUUGACAGGAGCGAAUCGAGUAAUAAUUUUUGAUGCAAGCUGGAAUCCUUGUCAUGAUACACAAGCUGUAUAUAGAAUAUAUAGAUAUGGGCAAAGAAAACAAUGUUAUGUAUACAGAAUUGUAAUGGAUAAGUGCUUAGAGAAGAAAAUAUAUGACAGACAAAUUAAAAAACAAGGAAUGUCAGACAGAAUUGUAGACGAAUGUAAUCCCGAAGCCCAUCUGUCGAUUAAAGAUAUUACAAAUUUAUGUCACGACUAUGACUCGGACGAUGAAACGGUGGUCGAGAAAAGCAAAGAAACUGCCAUAAUUCCAGAGAAACAAAACAUCACCUUAAAUACCUCAUCUCCCAUGAAUGCAGAUGAAGUGGAAGAGGAUUCGAAACCGUCAGCAAAAAAUCAUUCGGAUGUUAUAAUAAAUACAAUAAUUGCUCGACACAAAGAAUUCAUUACGAAAGAUCCAUUUUUCCAUGAAAGUUUAUUGGUCGAUCGAAAAGAUAGAAAAUUAUCGCAAGCUGAAAAAAGACAAGCUCAUCGGAGCUAUGAAAUGGAAAAGAAGGCCAGCGUAAAUCAAAAAUUGGCAUACACGCCUGGAAAAAUGCAUUAUAAAGUUGUAAACAAUGACGGAACUGUUAUAACUCGUCCAGUAGCAUCAAUAAGACCAAUGCCUACAAAGAAAACAAACAAUGCUGCUUCCGGAGGCCGCUCGACCCGAUGGAUUCCCGCUGAAGUGUGGCAACGACAGGGAAUGACCGCUCAAGAGAUGACGUUACCCCUUGAUGUCGUUAUACCAACAAAUUCAUCCGAAAAGGCGAAUAUAAUCCUUAAGGCUGGACAACGAGUGAUGGUGCUUAAGUCAUCAAAAGGCAUAUAUAUGCAAUUAGAUAGCGGAAAGAUUAUUGCUAUAAGGACUACAACAAAACCUACCGACUGCGACAAAAACAGCAAAGGGGAUGUUAUAGAUAUUACAUCUGACUGCGAUAAUGACACACCCAAACAGAAGUCGUCAGAACUAGACAAUUCAAAAGAUAAAUGUAACGGGGAAAAAAGGGACAGUAAAACAAAUGAAGAAGUUAAUCAGGUUAUCGCACCGACUCCUGCCUUUACAGAAACUAGGACUCAGGAGCACCAUAAUGAGAUGGAACACCAGCAAAGUCUUAAUCAACCACAGACCUCCGAGUGCCGGCCUCAACCGCAACACCAGAUGCAACGAGAAUUAGACUACUCACAAUCACAGCAACCAUAUAAGCACCAAUCACAAAUGUCUUCAGCUAGUGAAGGUUUUAAUAAUUCUAUUAAUGUACAAUCUAGUGUACCAAUUACUCAGCCAGGCGUUUCUGAACAAAAAGUUAGUGAGAAUACCUACUUUCAUAGGGAUAUUCAACACACAUUUCCCCCUCAAUAUUACGACUAUUACGACAAUAAGAAUAAGCCCACAACAACGAACUAUCAUCUUAAUGAGUAUGCUCCAUAUAGUCCUUUUAAUUAUGCUCCGUACCAUUCAAACAUUCAUUCAUCGGCCGCAUACGGCAGUGGGUCUUCAGCGUAUGUAAAUUCACAUCCUUUUCCAAGACCGCAUUGGACUCCAGUUGUAAAUUCACCCCCAACAAAUGAAUCUUUUCGACAGCACUCAUAUCUAGGGAAUAGUUACCAAAUAAAUGAGUGGUCUCCUCCGUAACAAAAGUAAAAUUAGUUGGCAAUUAUUUAUUUUAGAUCAAUAUAUGCAUGGUAUUCUUUUUAUUAUGAACAAUAACAUUCAAAAACAUUAUAUCUAAGAGUGUCCUACAUACAAUAAAUUAAGUUAAGACUUAGCCUAUUUCUAUAAAGAAUGAGAAUGGUAUUUAAUAAAGAAGAUGUCUAAAAUUACAA